AAAUAGGGUUUUGACAUUUUUGCCGUUCACACGGGAAGGAAAUUUCCCUCCAAUUUUUGUCCUUCAACGAAGCUCCGCCAUUUUAUUUGAUUCUUUUAUUCUUCCUGUUUGAUAUGAAAGAUUCAAUAUUUCCUUCUACUAACAGCAAUAACAAGAGAACUGGAGGACCUCAGAAGAAGGAGGAUGAUCCCUUAUUACCCAUCUCAACUUCACUUCGCAGCAGGAAAAAACCUAAACUCAUAACCAAAUCGGCACUAAUUCAUCUCCAAUUUUUCAACGUCCCUUUGAUUUCACCGACCGGCAAGCCUCUCCAUGCAAUCCGCCUGGAACCGGGCCGACCCUACACCAUUGGCCGAAGUGGAACUCACAGCGACUGCGACUUUUUCUUCAACGAUCGCCGUGUCAGUAAGCAACAUUGCCAGAUUUUAUUUGAUAGCGUUCAUCGCAAGAUAUAUAUUCUGGAUGGAGCAGUUUUAUUGCAUGUUACUAGAACUAGUAGUGUCGUUACUGAAUUUAGGAGGAGGUUAAUUUGUUAUGAUCAAUUGGAAGGUGAGGAGAAAGAGAGCGUAGAGUGUUCUAGGAUUAGGGUUUCUUUGAAUGGAGUAUUUGUCAAUGGGAUUAAGGUAAACAGAGGCACGGUUAGAGAGUUGUGUACUGGAGAUGAGAUUCUGCUUGCUUGUGGCAACGAGGGUUUAUGCAGUUUAGGAGUUCAAAUUGGGUUUGUGAUUCAGGGGGUUGUUUUCAAGGAGGAGGUUGUCAUGGGGUCAAAUGAGAUUCAGGUGGAGAGACUUGGGUUGUUUGGGAGAACAACAUCAAUGCAACACUCGCAAGGAUCAGUGUCUAGUGGGAACAGGAACAAAAGGGUUUUUGCUGUCCAUGCAAAUGAAAUUAUGCCCCAAGGAUAUGAUUUAUCUGGACUGAAAUCUGGAGGCAUUGUUGGGAGGGCAAAGUUUUUGUCAAGUCAAUGUAGACAAAUACUGCAAAGCGAUGAUCCCAUAUCUCACAUUCAACAAUUUGCUUUUUCAGAUUCCAGAAUGGAGAUCACAAAUGAUUGUAAAAGCAAAUUGAACGACCAUUCAGGUUUGGUCCCAGGUGAUAACAGAAAAUUUUCUGUGGGAGAUGAACUAAUGGUAAAUAGUGCUGCACUUCUUUUUAGGCAAGAAGAAGCACAACCCUGUCAGGAUACACAAAGUUACAAGGAUAAAGGUGACACAAAGCACGUUUCUUCUGGAAGUGAUAAUUUGUGUCAAAAAGGCAUUUCUCAAGACCAUUCUGAGGGUGAUGUUGAUAAUAAUUGUAAGUACUCGCCAUUGAAUUCUGUGGGUAAGGAGAAUUCUCCUGAUUUUGGUGAUGUUCAGAUGAAUUGUCUGCCACCUGGAAAGAAGUUUUACUUGAAUCGCCUUCAUUUUAUGGACUCUGGUUCAUCCAGCCACCAAAAUGUUAUCUCCUUACCAGAACUUCUUCAUCCCAUCAAAAACAUUAAUAGGAUAUUUAUUGCAACAUUUACAAGUGAUAUUUUAUGGUUUUUAUCAUACUGUGAGAUUCCAUGCCAUCUGCCUGUAACAAUUGCUUGUCACAACAGUGAGAGAUGUUGGAGUGCCAGCCCUGGUGAACGAAUUUCCAUGCCAUACCCCAGUUUUCCAAACUUAGUUGUAGUGUUUCCCCCAUUUCCUGAGGCCAUAGCAUUUGGUAACGACCGCAGGAGACAAGGCAUUGGUUGUCAUCAUCCAAAGUUGCUUGUUUUGCAAAGAGAAGAUAGUAUUCGUGUUAUCAUCACUUCUGCAAAUUUAGUGUUGAAUCAGUGGAAUAACGUGACCAAUACUGUUUGGUGGCAAGAUUUCCCUGUCAGAAGUACACCUGAUCUCUCAACUCUUUUCUUUCGACUUUCUAAUGGAGAAAUAAAUCAAGAUUCAAGAUCUGAUUUUGCUGCUCAGCUUGCUGGAUUCAUGGCUUCUCUUUUGAUUGAUGUUCCUAGUCAGGCCCAUUGGAUUGUUGAGUUGACAAAAUACAACUUUGAAGGGGCCAUGGGGUAUCUAGUUGCUUCAAUACCUGGAAUUCAUUCUUGUAGAACUUCUUAUGCUUUUCAGUAUGCAUUGGAGUCAAUUGAUGAAAAGUUCCUGGGCUUGGUUGAAGAAUCUGUUGUUGGUUUAAGCCACCUUUUUCGCACUGCAACUGACACAAAUGGUGCAUUGCUUAAGAGACUUGCUGCUUUCCUUGGGAGAUCUUGCGAAAAUGCUUAUGGGAUAGAGAUUGUUUUGAGAAGAAACAACAAUUUGCCUGCAGAUGUGAAUGCUGUGAGCAUUCUUGUUCCUAAUCCUGAUCAAUUUUCUGAAGGAGAUUGUGUGCAACUUGGUUUUCUGCCUAGAUAUGUUGCGAAGUGGGUUUCUCCAUUGUGGGACAGUGGAUUCUUCAGAUUCUCUGGAUAUGUUCAUCCUAAAGAAGCCCUUGCAGCUGCUUUAGGAGGGAGCAACACGAGAGUGCAACUGAUACUACAGGUGUCACAGGGGCCUCGCUUUCCGGAUAUGAUGAGAGUGAUGCUACCUGAACAUGUUAUUGCAGUUAGCUCUCUCAUUGCUUCAAUUCGGAGAUGCACAGGCCUUUGGCGACUACAAGAGGUUCUAGAUCAGUACAAAUGGCCUGAACUGGAACAAUCCGAUUUUUUUUAUGGCUCAUCCUCAAUUGGCUCAUCAGUCAAUACACAAUUUUUGGCUGCUUUUUCUGCAGCCACUGGAAAGAAAUCAGUGCAAUUCUUCGAUUCAGAAGAAUCUGAUCCAGAGUGGGGCUGCUGGACUGGUAGUCAAGAAUCAAAAAAUCCAUCCAUUAGAAUCAUUUUCCCUACAAUUGAGAGAGUGAAAAAUGCAUGCAAUGGAAUCUUGCCAUCAAGGCGCAUUCUUUGCUUCUCAGAGAAAACAUGGCAAAGGUUGAGAACAUUAGACAUACUUCAUGAUGCGGUUCCUCAUCCUCAUCAUAGAGUGCGGCACCCAAUUCAUGCCAAGGUGGCAAGGAGACGCUUCCAGUCUAAGACAGAUGCAUCUUCUUUUGGUUGGGUCUAUUGUGGGUCACAUAAUUUUAGUGCUGCUGCCUGGGGAAGACCUAUAUCCAAUCCACCUGGUCUAAAGUUGAAUGAAGCUAGGAAAACAAACUCUUCUUUGGGUUUGAGGCUUCAUGUCUGUAACUAUGAGCUAGGGAUCAUUUUUGUUUUUCCUCCGUCAUGGAAAAAGGGUGUGGUUAACAAAGAUCAUGCUAAGUUGGAUGAUAUUGUUUUACCUUUCAAUGUGCCAGCUCCAAAAUAUGGGCCAACAGAUAGGCCAGCAACAAUGUGGGCAAUGAGAGAGGCAUUAAAUGAAAAUGUGGAACCACAGGCAGAAAAAAUUGUAGAAUCAGCAAAUUUAGAAGAAAUGACAGAAGUGAUUCUUGAUGAAGAAGAGGAAGUUGUUGAGGCAACUCAUUAUGUUGUAGAGGAGAAGGAAGAGGAGAAAGCAUAUGCUGAGAUGCUAUGGAGCCAGAGCUGUUGAUUUUUUUUUUUAAUCAGGAACCAAAAUAAGGUUUUCAUCACGGGCGGGAGCAGCUAGUAAAUUUUGUGAGAAACGGCGAUGGCCUGACUCCUGAGAUAAUAGAUUCAGUCCUAAAAAAGUGUAAUCUGAUUCUUUCGGAACUGGGGGAAAGGAUUCAUCUUUGCAAUUUUAUUAUUGUAGAGAUUGCAUCUGUAUAUUGUUAACCAUGAGUGUAUAAAAUGUCCCCGCCUCCCUCCUUUUUUAAUAUACGAGUAAAAGGUUAUUGGUAACUUAUUCCCUUGUAAAUAACCUUUUCCUUUUCAUGAUAUGUAUUUUUAGAGAACAAAGUAAAUUUUGUAA